GGCAUCCGCACCUCAGACAUCAUCAUCUUGCCCCACAUCAUUCUCAACCGCCGUACAUCGGGCAUCAUCGAGAUCGAGAUCAAACCGCUGCGCAAGAUGGAGAAGAGCAAGUCCUACUACCUGUGCACCUCGCUCUCCACGCCGGCCCUGGGCGCCGGCGGCCCGGGGUCCGCGGGGGGCACCGUCGGGGGCAAGGGCGGCUCCGGGGUGUCCGGGCUCCCGCCGCCCCCGUGGGCCGAAACCACCUGGAUUUACCACGACGGCGAGGACACCAAGAUGAUUGUGGGCGAGGAGAAGAAGUUCCUGCUGCCCUUCUGGCUGCAGGUGAUCUUCAUUUCGCUGCUGCUGUGCCUGUCGGGCAUGUUCAGCGGCCUCAACCUGGGGCUUAUGGCCCUGGACCCGAUGGAGCUACGCAUCGUGCAGAACUGCGGCACCGAGAAGGAGAAGAAUUACGCCAAGCGCAUCGAGCCCGUGCGCAGGCAGGGCAACUACCUGCUGUGCUCGCUGCUGCUGGGCAACGUGCUGGUCAACACCACGCUCACCAUUCUGCUCGACGACAUCGCCGGCUCCGGCCUCGUGGCCGUGGUGGUCUCCACCAUCGGCAUCGUCAUCUUCGGGGAGAUCGUGCCCCAGGCCAUCUGCUCCCGGCAUGGCCUGGCUGUAGGGGCCAACACCAUCUUCCUCACCAAAUUUUUCAUGAUGAUGACCUUCCCCGCCUCUUACCCGGUCAGCAAGCUGCUGGACUGCGUCCUGGGCCAGGAGAUAGGCACCGUCUAUAACCGGGAAAAACUGCUGGAGAUGCUCCGGGUCACCGACCCCUACAACGACCUCGUUAAGGAAGAAUUGAACAUCAUUCAAGGGGCGCUGGAACUCCGCACCAAGACGGUGGAGGACGUGAUGACUCCCCUCCGGGACUGCUUCAUGAUCACCGGCGAGGCCAUCCUGGACUUUAACACCAUGUCAGAGAUCAUGGAGAGCGGCUACACUCGCAUUCCAGUAUUUGAGGGGGAGCGCUCCAACAUCGUGGACCUGCUCUUUGUCAAAGACUUGGCCUUCGUGGAUCCAGACGACUGUACUCCCCUGAAAACCAUCACCAGAUUUUAUAACCACCCCUUGCACUUUGUUUUCAAUGACACGAAGUUGGACGCUAUGCUGGAAGAAUUUAAGAAAGAACACAAAAAUAAGAAGCCAUCAAUCCAACCAGUACUGAAAAGGAUAGACAAUAAAAGGCAUUCUUUCUUUCAACAUCAUAUAUAUUGGCAAUUCUAGAAUGCCUAUAAAGAGGGAUAGUAGGUGUGGCAGGUUUUG